AUCGAUAAGUGUAUAUCGACGACUGUCAUUACAAUCGAGUAAUAUACAGCAGCACGAUGUCCUCUUAAAAUUAUAAAAUUCUACAUAAAAAAAAACAACAACACUAAAUGUUUGAAGUAGCGACUGUUGUGCAAACAUUGUUCCAUUGCUCGCGCUUAAUACUAUUGCAAAAGAUAAAUAAAGAAGCAACCACUAAAGCGAUAGUGCAACAAAUAUCGCACACACAGAGUCCAAGCAACAUUCAAAUGGCUGAGGCAAUGGUCGUGGAGGAGCGUUCCACAGCGCCCAAACGUUUUUUCUGUCACAUGUGCAAUGUGGAGAUCAACAUUCCGAACACGGACUACACUUGCCCCUUGUGCUCGAACGGUUUUGUCGAGGAGCUGCCAGCGAAUGCACCCGAGCUGACAGCGUCCACCAGCAGUGGAUCCAAUGAUACGGCCAAUGCUAGCACUAGCUCCAGCAGCAGUGGAGCCGGUGGCAGUGGACUCCUUAAUGUGGAAUCAUUACGGAAUGAUAUUGUAUCGCUGCUUAGCAUGCGAAAUGUGCCCAACUUGGAGAUCACCAUUGAGCCGAAUCGACGACACACCAGUGUAAUGCAUCUGGGUGCUCCCGGCACCCCAAUGACUGGAGCCGGCAACAUUGCCGGAGGACGUGUGCGACCGGCAAAUCUAGAUCGCUUGGACAAUGUGCUGUAUGAUUUCCUUCAGAGCUUGCCGCUGGCCGGUGCAUCCACCGAAAUUGUAACUGGUCCCGGCACCGGCGGAAACUCUCAUAUGUUCUUUAUGGGUAAUCCCGGCGAUUAUGCGUGGGGUCGAGAGGGUCUCGAUACGAUUGUCACCCAGAUGCUCAAUCAAAUGGAGACAUCGGGUCCUCCGCCAUUGUCCUCGCAGCGUAUCAAUGAAAUACCAAAUGUAAAAAUCACCGCCGAAGAAGUGGAACGCAAAAUGCAAUGCUCCGUUUGUUGGGAUGACUUCAAACUGGAUGAAACCGUGCGCAAAUUGCCCUGUUCACAUCUGUAUCACGAGAAUUGUAUUGUGCCAUGGCUGAAUCUACACAGCACCUGUCCCAUCUGUCGCAAAUCGCUGGCCAGCGAUGAUGACAACGACGAUGUCGAUGAGGACUUUGUGCUCCUUAACAGAUUUGUAGAAGGGAAUGGCAGCAUCGGGGGACAUGGCAGCAGUACCAACACAUCAAGGACUGCUGCACCCACUAAUGCAUCUAGUCAAUCGGCAACAACACAGCCAACUAAUGAGCCAACAACAACAACAACAGCUGCACCCUCGUCUCGCAACAACGUCUUCACCUUUGACGAUGACAAUAUGUUUUUGGACUAAUUUAGCGAGGUGGAUACGAAACGGGACAUGGCUUAACUUGGUUUAACCUGCAUAUUCAAAAUUCAAAAAGCCCACGCAUCUUAAGCGUUGAGCUAUUAGCACACAAAAUCAAAGCAGUUGCAAAAUAUUUAUAUAAAUUUACAUAAACAAAAAAAAAAAAUAAUAACAAAACAAGAGGAAUACAAUAAUGUAGACACACGCUUUUCUUAUGUUGUUCAAUAAGGGCUGGUAAACAAUAUAUAUAAAUUGUUACUCA